AUGUCUUCACCAAACCUGAUCCCCUUUGAACGCGCCGCGAAGGGCCUCAGAAAACCAGUAAUGGACUUCACUAAGCCAUCCCCACUGGUCACCUUCACUAUUGGCAAGGCUGGCCAAGAAGAGGUGUUCUCGAUCCACAAACGCCAGAUCGAAAUUCACGCCCCCGUUGUCGCUAUGGUAUUGCUUCAAGACUCCCUCCAGCUUAGGCUAUGUGAUGUCGAAGUGCAGGUCUUCGGUAUGAUGGCACACUGGUUCUACGCUCAGGAAGUCUCUCUCGCCGUCCUUGAUCGCAACAAGAAGUCGAAGAAGCUGUUGGCCACGCACUUGCUGCCGCUCGCAAAGCUCUACAACCUCGCCAAUGUGUUCGUGAUGCCCGCGCUGCAGAAUGCGGUCAUGGACAGCCUGGUUCCAAUGCUGGACAAGACCAAUGUCGCUACCAUUUCCGAGUUUGCUAUGCGAGUCUACCUUGAUGGCAAAGCUGCCGGGACCCCGAUGCGCGCCCUCGCCAUUUACUACGCGGCUCAAAGCUUCACCCCUGAAGUCCUCGCAGCCAUCCAAGAGACGGCCCCAAGAGAUUUGCUCUUUGAUAUGAGCAUGGCAUACAUUCGUCACAAUGAUCUGGUGCAUAACAGUAACUUGUACCACCUCACGGACCCGACUAAAUUCUAUCUCAAGGUAGACGGGGUUGCUUUGGACAUGUUCAACGACGAAGAGGACGAGCAUGGUUUUGAGCGAUUCGAUGAGUAUGAGGAGAUUCAGGAGCUUGGGUAUGACGAGGAUGGCGAGAAGGAAACGGCGGCGGAUACCAUCCAAACCAGUGAUCAUGGAAGUGAGCGGCAAUUCGGGGAGGAUUUCGAGAUUGCGCGAGUCAAGAACAGCAAGGUUUCCACGAAGUUUUUGGGAUACAUGGAAGGAGAUGAUGGCGAGGAGAUCACGGUCUGGAUGGAGUGA